AUGGGGAGUACUGACCUCGAUAAUCCACUAUGGUGUCCCUGGGGUGAGCGCCUGCGCCAUAUAACCUGGGGUUGGUACAUGAUCACGAUGAGCACAGGAGGCCUAGCCUUGUUACUUCACAACACUCCGCAUCAAUUCAAGGGCCUUUCUACUAUAGGAGUCAUUGUCUUUAUUUUCAACCUUGCCCUCUUCGUCACUAUCAGCAUCGGUCUCAUAUACCGCUUCGCUUGUACCCCAUCCUCCUUUAAACGGUCCUUGACGCAUCCGACAGAAUCCCUCUUCUUUGGGACCUUCUGGCUCACUCUGGCUACAAUAAUCAGCAACAUCCAAGUCUAUGGUGUCCCCUCCUCGGGGCCGUGGCUGACCGUCGUGGUCCGCGUGCUUUUCUGGAUAUACACAGCCCUGACCUACCUCGUGGCUGUUCUGCAGUACUGGCAUCUCUUCAGUGGUCGUACAGUGACCCUUCAAUCUUUCACAACUGCCUGGAUCGUCCCCGUGUUCCCUGUUAUGCUAACGGGAACAAUUGCCUCUCUCGUUGCAGAGGACCAGCCGCCCGCGCAGGCCAUUCCCAUCAUUGUUGCAGGCACCGCAUUCCAAGGCCUCGGCUUCAUCGUCGCCUUGCUCAUGUACGCAAACUAUAUCGGUCGCUUGAUGACAGGAGGCUUUCCUGACCCAGAUACUCGUCCAGGGAUGUUCAUCGCCGUUGGACCUCCAGCUUUCACUGGUCUCGCCCUGUCUGGCAUGGCAAAAGUCGCGAUAUCGAAGUUCCCAGUGCACUACGUGACGGGAACCAGCAACGUGCCGACAGCUGAGGUCCUCCGUAUCAUCUCCGUCUUCAUUGCCGUCUUCCUGUGGGCCGUGAGCUUCUGGUUCUUCAGUAUCUCCGUGCUCUCGAUCCUCACCUGUCUCCACGACUUGACCUUCCAUUUGACGUGGUGGAGCUUCAUCUUCCCUAACACGGGUUUCGUCCUGGCCACGAUAGAGAUUGGGAAAGAAUUAGGAAGCAACGCUAUCGCAGUCACCUGCAGCGUGCUAACUGUCUUGAUUGUCGUCGUGUAUUUGCUGGUUGGGAUAUCGCAUAUCCGCGCGGUGUAUCGGGGAGAGAUCCUCUGGCCGGGGAAGGAUGAAGAUAAGGCGGAAUAA